AUGAUUGUCGGCCAAAUGAGAAGGGCAUCAGUCGCCGGUAGCUCCGACAGCGUCCUUGCCAUUCGGUCCUGUUUUGACAAUAGAGAUGCCGUAUUGUUUAUUCAACCUGGAGAUGGGGCACUUCUGGUAGCGGACGGCCACCGCUAUGUUCAAGUUAUUUUACACUUCCAUGGUGUUACGAGGUUUCCAAGCCUGAUAGUGCUCCCAUGGGAACAACAUCGAUUUUCUGUACGAGUUAACAAUGUGCUGUAUGACGAUGGGCCGAUUAGCUUGGAUGUGGGUGAUGAAAUUGAACUCAUGGACUCAAGAUCCCGCUUGACUGCCGAUAGGUGCGUGUUUCGAGUAGAGCUGCUCACCACAGGAUGCGGUCCUUAUGUUUCUGAGCUGUUGGCUAAUGGUAAUCGCACAGAUAAUGCGGUGCCUGCUCACAAGCCGUAUAAAGUUGGACAGGGGAGCUGUUGGGCCGAGUUUGUGAACCACCGCGUAGGGAAGCUGGACAAGGUCCUUUCCCGUGUGAAAAGGUAA